AGUGAUUUCUUAUGUCAAAAAGUUACAUUAAAUUGUCAACGUGAACGUCUACACUUACUUACGUCACUCAUUCAAAAGUGAUUCAAAAUCAAAACACCUGUGCGUUGUUUACAUUUUCUUUUCAUUGUUUCUACACCGUUUUUUUCGCUAAAAUUGUAUUAUACCCAUGAUUUUAAUCAGUAAAAAAUGAUAAGUAGCAAAUUAUCGCGUUUAUCUUUUGUAGAAUAAAUUAUAUGAAAACAAGAAAUACAACUUUACUCAUAUUAUCUUAGCUGUUUUGUUUAGUGACUGUUCUGUUCUAGUUUUUAAAUUAUUCCGGUUUUGUAUUGAGUCCAAAGUCUAGUCCAUCAGUUUAAAGAUUGCCGAGAUAUUACGUGUUUAUUACCCACUGUUGUUGAUGUUGUUUGAAUAUCGAACAGUUGACUUGAAAGCUUAAUAAUGUCAAGCAUUGUCCGUCGUACAUUGUAUGCAGCACUCAAUAAAACUAAGCAAUCAUUGCCAGCGUCACGGCAGAAUAGCACUGAAGCUAAUAUACAAAAGUCUAUAUAUAAACAAAUUGAGGGGCCAAACCAUAUCACAGUCAAUGACUUUGCAUGGCAAAAUUUAGACAGGUGGCCUGAUAAAACAUUAACUGUCUGCGCAGCAACUGGACAUGGUUAUACAUAUGCGCAAACCCAUCGGAUGUCGGCAAUUUUCGCUGCGUCCCUUCGCACGAAGCUCAAACUGCGCAACGAUGACAAAGUGGCCAUUAUACUACCAAAUGUACCGGAAUACCCUUGCGUAGCGUUUGGUGUGUUAGAAGCUGGAUGUAUAGCUAGCAUGAUGAAUCCUGCUUAUACAGCUGAUGAACUAAAAGUCCAACUGGAACUAAUUGAAUGCAAGGCGAUAGUGACAUCAAAGCUUUCAUACCCGAAUAUAGCGAAAGCUCUAAACGAGUUAAAGUCAAACAUACCAGUAAUACUCAUAGACAACGACUCUCUUCCUGAAGGGACCAUAAAGUUUGCGGAAUUCGCCGAAGAUUGGGCUAUCGACACUAGUUGUUUGAAAGAGGUGAAACGGACCAAAAAUGAUGUGGCGAUAUUGCCUUUCUCCAGUGGCACUACUGGAUUUCCUAAAGGUGUGGUGUUGACACACAAAAGCGUCAAUUCUAUGAAUAAAAUGAUCUUUGAUCCGAAGAUCAUUGCAGUUGAGGAAGCUUCUGCUACUCACCAAUCAGUGUUGCCAGCAGUGUUGCCAUUCUUCCACAUAUUUGGUUUCAAUUUGCUCAUGGUAAACCUCAUGGGGAGGGGAGCCAAGUUAGUGACGAUGCCUGUCUUCAAGCCGGAACUGUUUCUAGAAGUCCUAGUGAAAUAUAGAGCGAACCACCUGUAUAUAGUACCACCAAUUGCGGUGUUUCUUGGCAAACAUCCAGCGGUAACACCGAAGCACUUCGAGUCCGUACUGGAUAUCGUUUGCGGCGCCGCACCUGUUUCUAAGAGCGAUGCUGCUGCCAUUCUCGAUAAAAAGAAAGAGCUGAUCUUCCGCCAAGGGUAUGGUCUGACGGAGACAAACGGGGGAGUAUCUGUGGGUCACAACAAGGACACGAACCAUGCCUCCGUGGGUCACAUAUUCAACGGUACUGAAUUGAAAAUCGCCGAUUUAAAUACACAGAAAGCGUUGGGUCCUGACGAGGAAGGGGAAAUUUGGUUCCGAGGCCCAAAUAUCAUGAGAGAGUAUUACAAGAACGAAGCAGCGACCAAGGAAGUGUUGACCGAAGACGGCUGGUACAAGACUGGGGAUAUCGGCAAAUAUGACAAAGACAGUUAUUUAUAUGUUACAGACAGACUGAAAGAAUUGAUUAAGGUAAAAGGAUUCCAAGUACCACCGGCGGAACUAGAAAUGAUACUUCGUACACAUCCAAAAAUCCUCGACUGUGCAGUAUUGGGGAUCCCUGACCCUAUAAGCGGAGAGGUCCCUAAAGCUUUCAUAGUACCUCAGCCUGGACAAAACAUUAAAAACGAGGAAAUACUGGAAUAUGUUAAUAGUAAAGUGGUAGCCUUCAAGAAGGUUAAGGCUGUUCAAUUUGUAGACGCUAUACCUAAGAAUCCAUCGGGUAAGAUAUUGCGAAAGGAUUUGAAAGCAAAGUACUGCUAGAUAGAGUAAAUAUGAUUUUUGGCUGGUGGGAGGCUUCGGCCGUGGCUAGUUACCCCUACCGAUAAAGACGUACCGCCAAUUUAGCGUUCCGGUACAAUGUGGUUUAGAAACCGAAAGGAGUGUGGAUUUCAUCCUACUCCUAACAAGUUAGUCUGCUUCCAUCUUAGAUUGCAUCAUCACUUACCAUCAGGUGAGAUUGUAGUCAAGGGCUAACUUGUUAAGAAUUAAAAAAAAAAUAUUCUUAGGGUUUUUUUUAUUAUAUACGUAACACUAAUUAGUUAGUAAAUGUAAUAAUAUGCCAUAAUUAGUUAUAUGUAGAGUUGGUUAAAAACAUCAAAAUUAAAUUUGACUAAACAUAAUAAGACUGUUCUGUAAAACUUAUAAAAAAUAGUGUUUUCUAUUCUAUAUUUCUUGAGGUAUUAAAAAUAAAAUUAUUCUUAAUAAGAGAGUAAUACAUCUGUUUUUUUAAUCUUUGUAGUUUUUAGUCAUAUUUCUGAUACACAUUGCAACAUUUUUAUAUAUAUAUAUAUAUAUAUAUUAAAAUUUAUAACAUAAAAGCAUGACAGACUAUCCGUCACAAUUGACAUGUUUCAAUUCAUAGUAUUUAGAACGCGACUACUGCGAUGUCAGUUGCAACAUGCUGCGACAGUCGCGCUGUUUGUAAAGUUCUUUCUAUUUUUAUAUUAAAACUUUAUAUUAGGCUGAACUUAAUUUUAUAAAGUGAAUCAGGCUAUUUCUAACAUUUUACACGUUUCGCCUUAUAGUGCUUAGAAAGUGAUCACGUUUUAGCGUUUUCUACGUUCUGUAACCGCGACAAACGCACUGUCAGUUGCCAGUCGGUGCGACAAUCGUGCUGUAUUUUAGAUACCUGAAAAAUUGUAAAGUUACCAAUAUAUACUAUUUCUAAAUAUUAACUGGGAUUUAUAAUAUGGGAACAAAACUUCACAAUUAUUGCUUUUUUAUUCAAUUUGAAGAUUACACUUACAGAUAAGAAAUUUAAAAUAAUUAUCACUAAUUAAGAUGUUCAUGAUAUUUUUCUUAUUGUAAUUAAGUUAAGUAUUUUAUAUUAUAAAUAAGUCUGACGCAAUAUUAAUAUUUUAUUAUGGAUUUUUUUUUGUAUUUGUAUAAAAUUAUUGUUAUAAGCAUUUAUUGUAUUGUUAUGUUUGUUUUUGUAGUAAUUGAGAAAUAUUUUCGUAUGUAAUUUCAAAGUGUUUCUAGCAAUUGUUGAAUGCAAGUUUAUAUAAUAAAAAAUAUGUGGUAAACUUUUUAUAAUGCUAUUUCAAAUGUUUUAAUUUACAAUGUUUAUCAAGUUUUUAUUUCUGUUUGUAUAAAAAAAUACUCCGUGAUCAAAGUAUUACUGUUACUAUUUUUUAUUUUUGUGAAUUAUUAUUACGUAAAAUAAGUAUUAUAGAUGGUUAAAUAAUUUGUAAGAAUAAUAUUACUAAUUGAAUUUUUUAUAUUUGAAUUUACUAUUUUUCUACUUAAUCGUUAUUUAGGAGUAUUAAUUUUUAAUUUUAUAAUAAUUCAUGUGUAUGUGAUUUUCUUUUUGAAUAUACCAAAAAUUAUGCCAGGAUAUGACGAGGAGACGUUUGGCCCACGUUUUUAAUUUUUUUUUUAAAUAAAAUAACUGAUUUUUUAAAAAUAAAUAUUAUAAUCAGAUAAUAUAGAGCCGGUGGUGAAUUAAUUCAAGAUAUAUCUUUAUUUUUAUUAUAAAGAUCAAGAUUUAUUUAUAUCAUAAAAGUUUCUCAGUUUUUCAAAUUGACAUUAAAAACAAGACUUUCCAUAUAACAGAACACAAAAUAUGCAUAUGGGACCAUUGACCUCUUAUACUAAAAGGACGCACAAUCAUGUAGAAAUUUUCUCUUGAAAACUGGCCAAUUUUGCUUUGACAGUUUUAGAAUUAUGGGUUAAGCAAAUUAUACCUAAAGGCCUUUAAAUAUAGUCUAAUAUUCAAUAAAAUCCCAAAUCCAAAGCAAAUUCAACCUUAAGGAUUGAGUUUAAGGUUGAAUAAUGCAAAUGCGACUACUUGAAUUGAGUGCCAUUAAGUUGUGUUUGGCACUGAUUAUGUGGGGAUGUUUUUUAUACGCUAAUUGUGCAUCCACUUUUUAAUAGGGGAUCGAUGUACGGGACACUAUUUGCCGUGUGUUUUUGUUUGCAAAGACGUCAUUAUUGUAAAAAAUAGUACAAAGUUUAAAUCGCGUUUAAAUUAGCACGACCUUUAAUUUUCUUCGUUUACAAAUAAAAAACGAAGAAAAAACCAUUACAAAAAAUACAUUGUGUUAACGUGUUAUUUAUGAUAUUAUCUAAUAUUUAUGUAGAAGUGGAACUAUUGAACAAUGUGUUAAAUUUAAAUUUAUCACACCAAGCUUAAAUUACAAUGGGGAUGAUGACUAGGUUUGAAUAUAUUGAUUUUUAUGAUACAUUCGGGUAAAUAGGGUAAUUGUUAACUAAUUUAUAUAUAAAUUGUCUGGAUAUUUGCAAAAUAAAUGAGAUUAUAAAAUUUCAAAAUCUAUUAAAAAUCUUUUAUCGUAAUUAGAUGAAAAUUACCUUAAAUUACUUUUUAAUAUAUGAACUAUAAACAUAAACGCACAAAUAACAAAGAUAUUAGUUAUUUUGUUUGUACGCUCAUACAAAUCUAAAGAUCAUUACAUUGCCUACGACGUCAUUAGUUCGUGCCAUUUUGUGUGGGGCGUUUUCAGGGAUCCGCGGCAGCGUCGCAAAUCUGACCCUUUAAAUCCCUGUAAUGAUCGCAGAUACCCUGUUCCUUUUACAAAAUUGCUUUACUAUUAGCGUUCUCUUAAUUUAUAUACAAUUUAUAAAACUGUCAUCAUCCCUAUUGAUUGAAUUUAUGAAUGUCAAGCUUGAAUGAUGCAUGGACGCAAUUGGGCGUAGCCAGGAUCCUCUAUGGGAUCCUGGGCAGGUAUUUCAAAUUUAGUUAUUCUUAAAUUAGUUUACCAAUGAUCAACCGCUCUUCUUUAGGGGCAGCUGCAUGGAUUCAAUUAACUGUAUUUUGCCAUGAUAUAUAGAUCCCGGCAAACAAGUUUAACUAUACGCACUACACAACUAUUCACAGCAUUAUGUCUUAAGAUAUUUUACUAUGGGGUAAUGCUGCUAAAGACUAGUUUACACGCCAGGAUAUAUACGUGAAUGACCUUUUUAUUUGUUAAUUUGCUUUGAAAUAUUUAUAUAGGUUUUUUUUUUUACAAAAUUUUAAUUGUUUUUUUUUAUAAUGAUAAUAGUUUAAGAAUGGAAUGGAAUGGAAUGGAUGGGAGAUGUGGACCAAAUUUUAUUAAUAUUUGAUAUAUUUUUAAAUAAAAUGUAAUUGCGAUACUGUAUAUAAUUUAAAGAAAUAUUUUCCACUGAAUUCAUGAUCAGGACUGUCUCCAUGGUAAUAUAUUAUUGCAUAGUCACCGAAGAUACACAAUCUUAUAUACUAGACCGGUAGAUAUUAGCCGCUCUAGCCAUGUUACAUAUCGAUUUAUCUAUUAUUCAUAUCAAUUUCAGUAAAAUCAGAAUGACAUCCAAUUUUUAAGUUGAUCACGUGACUUAUCGAUGACGAUUGUUAUUCCCAUACAUUUGCUAAUUUUCGAAGCGAUUGUAGGGUAUGUGCCACGAUAUACGUACCUACAGGUGUCCCGAAAAUAGUAGGUAAGACAUAUUCUACAGGCUGAUAACUAACAACAAGGCCUACUAAACGCAAUAUAUGUUAGCUGAAACUUUACGGUUUUUAAGUUAAUAUUGAUUUUUUUUGCAAAAUAUUAAAAUCUGUAUAAAAAGUGAAAUUUAUUCGUAGGUACCAUGUGCUGAAAAAUUACUUGAGCGUUGAUUUUAAUCCAUUGAUGCGUUGAUAAUAACUAUUAAACUUUGUCUCAAUAGUUAUAUUAUUAUGGCUAUAAGGCAAUGAUAUUUUAUACUAGAGGGCACUAACGCAUCAAAACUGAGGCUGACCAAAAAAUUUAGAAAAUUGACUUCAUUUCAUUUAAUCGCUUAUUAAAUUAUUAUUUAAACAAAUAAUACUUAAAUAUCGUCUACAAUGUCGAAUUACUAUAUGAGUAUAUACAUAAAUAUAUAAUGGAGUUAAAGACAAAAUUGUGCAUGUGUACGCUCAGUGGUGUAGCUAAAUUCGGAUCACUUUUUGCGGUGAUUUUGUAGAGUCGUAACCUAUCUAUAGUAUAAAAUUAUCAUUGUCAUAAAGUGUUUCUAAUUUAGAUAAGAUUUGACCUACCUACUUAUUCACAGGGCUAGAUAAAUAAGUCUAUUAAUGUAAACAUUAAUUCUUGACCAAGGAAUCUGACGGAGUGAGCUUUUGUUUUGUUUUAAUUGAGGUUUAACCUUUAAAGCAUUUUGUGUUUUUUUUUUAUUUUUUUAUGAUUUUUAUAAUAAACUGGAUAUAUGACAUUUAAUUAAAAUAAGCAAUAUAUACAUCACAUUUACAAAUUGUUAUAAAGUCAGAUUUUUAUACGUUAAUUUUAUUCUCUAUGUUAAUAAAUUAUAUACAUAAUACAUGGUGUGUUGAACAUGAGAUAAGAAAGAAUAAAUUUUAUAAUACAGUUUA